UUUCUUUCCAGAAAUGGCAGCUUCUCUGUGGAAGAACUUACUUCAGACUACAAAGGAAAGGAUACUACAGCAGAGAAGGGCAUCGCUGUAUAUUGGUGCUGAUGGUUAUGAGGAAGAAUUGAUAAAGAAGAAACUUCAGCAGUUUGCUGGUGGAUCCAUCAAUCUCUCCAAAGUCAACAAUGGCAUUGGAAUACUUACUUUGAACAACCCAAAGUUAAUGAAUGCCUUUACAGGCACUAUGAUGCUCGAACUCCAGGAGAGGGUAGCUGAACUGGAAAACUGGAAGGAUGGCAAAGGCCUUAUCAUCUGUGGUGCAAGAAACACCUUUUGCUCGGGAUCUGAUUUGAAUGCUGUCAAAGCAAUUUCCAACUCCCAGGAUGGGAUGAAUAUGUGCAUGUUUAUGCAAAAAACUUUAACCAGACUUAUGAGAUUGCCUUUGAUCAGUGUUGCACUAGUCCAAGGAAAAGCUGUUGGAGGAGGAGCAGAACUUACCACGGCAUGUGAUUUCAGGUAA